AUGCCUUCGUUGUGUACAUUUCGCCCAGUACAGAAUCAGUGUAUGAAGUCAGUGUUUUCGCGAAUUAGUGAUGUGUUAGGGACCAUGAAAACGGAGCCACUUUUACUGACGGUUGCCACGGCUGCAGGGUCACACAGUUCUAAUUACGAUUGCAGCGCCGGCUUUGAUGUCUACACUUAUAAACAACAAGAACUGGAUAUCCCGACCCUGAAAGUUGAUCACGCAGAAGAAUGUGCCAAAGAGAAAGCCGCUGAGAAAAACAGACCCAUGUGCCAGAUUUCUGGCCUGAGGAAACUUAAACAUGCAAACAGCUUCACUGGUAUUGUUCCGACCUACGGGGUAGACACACCACACAAGGAAGACCUCGGCAAGAUACUCAACGACGUCAACAAGUGGGGGGUGGACAUGUUCAAGAUCUAUGAAUACUCAAAUAACAGACCUUUGACCUGUGUGACGUAUACCAUUUUUCAGGAGCGGGACCUCAUGAAGACCUUCAAAAUCGCUCCUCACACGCUGGUGACCUAUCUGAUGCACGUGGAGGACCAUUACCACCAGGACACCCCCUACCAUAACGCCAUCCACGCCGCAGAUGUCACACAGUCAACUCACGUGCUUCUCUCUGCUACAGCACUAGAGAACGUGUUCACAGAUCUGGAGAUCCUCGCAGCAAUAUUCUCCUGUGCAAUCCAUGACGUUGAUCACCCAGGGCUGACAAACCAGUAUCUGAUUAAUACCAGCUCUGAGCUGGCACUGAUGUACAAUGAUGAAUCAGUUUUAGAAAACCACCAUUUAGCGGUGGCUUUCAAGCUCUUGCAAGAAGAUAACUGUGACAUUUUGGCCAACCUCAGCAAAAAGCAGAGGCAGUCUUUAAGAAAAAUGGUUAUAGAUAUGGUGUUAGCGACAGAUAUGUCCAAGCACAUGACCCUGCUCGCUGACCUGAAGACAAUGGUGGAGACUAAGAAGGUAGCAGGAUCAGGUGUUUUAUUGUUAGACAACUACCAAGACAGAAUUCAGGUGCUUCAGAAUAUGGUGCAUUGUUCGGACCUCAGCAACCCCACUAAGCCCCUGGAGAUCUACAAGACCUGGGUGGACCGGGUGAUGGGGGAGUUCUUCAGACAGGGAGAUCUGGAGAGACAGCAAGGGCUGGACAUCAGUCCCAUGUGUGACCGGCAUACGGCAACCAUUGAGAAGUCACAGGUUGGCUUCAUUGACUACAUCGUUCACCCUCUUUGGGAGACGUGGGCUGACCUUGUCUACCCAGACGCUCAAGAAAUACUGGACACACUGGAGGACAACCGCGACUGGUACCACUCAUCCAUCCCAAUCUCUCCCUCCUCCAGCUUCUGCAGCACCAAGCAGGAUGACGAUCACGAGAAGUUCCAGUUCAGCGUGGAGGAAGGUGAUGAAACUCAUAGUCAGAGCAGUGCUGAGAGUGAACAGUCGGUGAUACGGGUCCAGGAGCCGCCUACAACAACGACAACAGAACAGGAAUCUUCGCCAUCAUCGCCAUUGUCAUCGUUACCACCUUUGCCCACUUCCUUUCAAGCUGCUGCAAUAGAUUCUUCGAAAACCACCAUGAACUCAGUUCACCACACGUCCUUCUCCACCAUCCAGAGCUAUAGUGAUAUGGAAUCCUCCAGCAACAAAUCAAUAGAUCAUGACAAAAAGUGA